AGAAAAGUCCACGAUCUCUCCUCAACGACGCUGCACGCACGCGGAAACCGUACUCAAAUAAAAAUAACUAAACUAAAACAUUUUAGUGUUUACUAUACCGUGAAAUUAAACCUAAAAAUCCUAUUUCGAAACGAAAACGUUCGAUGAAAUAAAAGUGUUUCUAGUUCCGCGAUAAAAGCGUGCGCUCGCCAUGAUGGCGCGACCGCAAAUGACCGCCAUCUUGGUUUUUAUCACCACGUGGGUAGUUUGUUUCGGGUGUGAUGACGACAUGGCUGUUUAUAAAGUGACCAUGAAGUUUCUGUGGAGUGAGGAGACGUUCCCGAAGGAUUAUCCGCUGUAUCGACCGAAGGCACAAUGGUCUUCAGUUUUCGGUCAAUCACACAACAGCUCCUACCAUUUAUACCAUAUUGGUGAUGUAGCCAGAACGUCUAUCAGAAGCUUUGCUCAAUUUGGUAAGCUCGAUGACCUGGUGGAGGAAGGCGAAGAUGAAAAGAUGGUGUACGACCAGUUCUCAGCACCGGCUAUUGCUGAGGGGACGGGAGAAACAGAGAACAUGGUGUUUGUUGAUGGAGACCAUAGUAUGAUUUCAGUAAUCUGUCGCAUCAUCCCAUCACCGGACUGGUUCGUGGGAGUGGACAGUUUAAAUCUCUGCGUUGACUCUACGUGGGUCGACCAAAUCACAUUAGACCUGGAGCCUCUAGACGCCGGUGCCGCAAGCGGUCUGACCUUCACAGCCCCCCGCUGGGAGACUUCGCCUCCGGACCCCGUGACCAAACAUGGACCUCGCCACCCCAACCAUCCCGCUGCUGGCUUCUAUUACCCCUUGUUGAGGGAGUUACCGGCUAUUGCAAAAAUUGAGAUUUCAAAGGUUAAAGAGUACACAACUAAAGAACUCAACGACAUGGCUCGUAAAGAACUUCUUCUGAGUUUGAAACAAAAGGACAGACGUAAAGGAUCACCACGAAGAAAAGUAAACUUGGUCGAAGACUACCAACCAAUACCACGAGACGUAGCAACAAAGAGUGGUGUAGAAGUAUUGAAAGAUCUAGAAGAAGAUGGAGCACCAACAGCGAAGUAUAAUGAACAGGAUAAUUACGUUGUUGUAGUAACUCAAUCACCUAUUAAGACAACUACAGUUCAAGAGUUUGACACCGGCUUGCAAAACAUGGAUGACGUAGUGUUAGCAGUGGCUAAUGGAAGGAAACUAGGCCUGGGGAAGCAUCUGCCUCGACACUUCAGAUCCCGACUGCACCACGCUCUCAACAGGAUACAGCCUGAAGAUUGUCUAGUAUCGGAUUGGGGCGAGUGGUCACCCUGCUCCGUCACCUGCGGGUUCGGCGACAAAUACCGGCACCGACGAGUGGUCAGAGAGAGAGGGAAGAACGGCCGCAAGUGUCCCGCUCUCUCCGAACGGAGACACUGCGGCAACAUCAACUCUUGCGCGCAUAUUGACUAUUUUGAAUGGUGAAAAUAAAAAAAGCCUAGUCAUAAAAGUAUAUCAAUAUCAUAAUCGUUUAUAGCUAACUAAGCUUAAUAUAGGAACAGUUAGUAACUUAAUUUUAUUAAAUUAUUGUAUUUCAUAGUACAUAAUUAUUGAUUUAAAAUAAAGUAUAA